AUGAUUCCACCCAGCAGUAAUGGAAGUAGUAGUAACUCUUCCAUGUCCUCUUCUCCUGAGGAUGGAUGUAUUAAAGUUUCAAAUAUUUCCAAUAUUUAUUCAAAACCCUCCAUUCCUCCUUUAGAAUUCAUUCUAGCCAUCGGAAUUAAAAUUAAAAACAAAUCUAAAACAUCUGCAUUGGUUCGAUAUGUAAACGAGCAUUUCUCUCUAGAUUCCUACGGAUUGGACCAUUUGAAGAGAGUUAAGAAUAUUGAGAAGGAUGUUUAUUGUCUUUUAUGUCCUUUCAAUAUAAAUGAUGAAUAUAAUAAUUUAAAUGAUGAUGAUGAAAAAAAUCUUGAUGAUACUCUGAACAAGUGGUUGAAAUCUUCAAUGACAUCCAAUCACAUUCAAGAAGUGUUUUAUAAAAUUUUAGAAUAUCCAACAUUGGAUGAUAAUUUAGAAAAUCAUAUGACAUCAGAUUUAAAAUUAUUUAAAAUUCCUAAAUAUGCUCCAAAAUUAAAAAGUCAAUGGAAAGAAUGGAAUAGUCAAUAUUGGCCAAUGCGAACAGUAAAUUUAUUUGAAACUGAACUACAGUUGGCCAAAGGUGAUCCAAAAGCAGAAAUCAAUGUCAACACUCACGACAUGGAGGGAGUCGAAAAAUGUGUUCAAUUAGUUUUACAGUCUUGGGAAAAGACGAAAUUAGUCUCUGGAGUAUUCUACAAUCCCAAUACCAAGACAAUGGUUAAAAAACAGAAUGGAGGGAAUGAAUUAUUUCUGGACGAGUCGUAUCACUCAUUUUUCUCUCCAUAUUAUGAUCAUUCUCUUCCAACAAGAACCUCAAUGUUAUCACAAUUUAAGAAUACAUUAAGACAUUGUUCUAUGGUUGGAAUUGAAAUGGUUGCUCAGCAUAAUUCUGAGAUUAUUGAUACACUAAAUAAGAGUCCUAACUCAGAAAAAGAUCCUUCUAAAAUUCCCUAUCUCUGUAAAGGUUUAGAUUUAUUUAUUUCACAUGAACCAUGUUGUAUGUGUGCCAUGGCCUUACUUCAUUCAAGAAUAAGGAGAGUUUAUUUCAUUUAUGAAUGUAAACAUUCCUUUGGAGGAUUUGUGAAUCAUCAUGAUGAUGGAAGUACCAAAGAAAAUUCAACAAAUCACACCAUUCGACCACCAAAACAUCAUCAUUCACAACAAGAAUUUUGCAUUCAUGAAAAUUCUCAACUGAAUCACCAUUUUGAUGUCUAUAAGAUUUCCAUUAUACCCUGUCAACAUCAUGAAACAAAUCAAACGACGAUCUAUUGA